UCUUAUUUAUUUUCUGUCUUGUUUCCGCAGGCAUGGAAGACAAGAGAGGACCCAGUUUUACACAUUGAGCUACGUCGGCAAGCAGAUCUUCUUGUCAUUGCACCCUUAGAUGCUAAUACUCUGGCUAAAGUAGCCAAUGGAAUCUGUGAUAGUCUGCUGACAUGUAUUGUGCGAGCCUGGGAUUCAGCAAAGCCUCUGCUUAUCUGCCCAGCCAUGAACACCCACAUGUGGGAUCAUCCCAUCACUGCUGGUCAGAUAGAUACACUGAGGGCCUUCGGCUACCAGGAGGUGCCAUGUAUCGAGAAGACACUAGCCUGCGGAGAUACCGGAAAAGGCGCCAUGGCCGAGGUUUCAACCAUUGUCCAAGAGGUACUCAAGGCACUGAACCUAGGCAGGUAGCAUCUUCUGGCCACACAAACCGACCGCUUCAGAAAGCAUCUUACAAGUCGUAAUGGAUAAGUGUUCCAGCGUGUGCUCAUGGACAGUUCUGUUGGACUGCCCAAAGAUUUCAUUGGCACAAGAUAAACUAAUUUGUAUUCAGUCAUGUACAAUUGCUCCUCGUACGUCGAGGAUGCAGUCAAGCUGAACAUUCUGGCAGUCAAAUGGAUUGGAGGACUGUGCCCAUGGGAAUGUUCAUUUGUGCCUACAAUGAGCUGGAAACACUCACUUAACUCUACUGACAUGACUGACACACAUUCAAGAUGUCAAUGAAGCAAGGUUUGGCUUUGCCACAAUCCUUGCUUUUCUGAUGAUUUUUAAUACCGGGACAAGAGAAGGAGUGUAGAAAGAAAAAAGUUCCAAUCAACUGAACCAAAGUAGCUGCAAAGGGAUCACAUCAUGAGAAGUGACUUAUCAUUUUAAAUAUCAAAUAAUAAACAGUAGGGAUACACGUGCCAGGUCAGUAGACCCCUUUUUUGGAGACUUCUGGCAUCAAAGGUACUUUUAAGUACUUUGUAACGUGACAAACAAAUACAAAUAACUACAUUGUACAUGAUAGGACGUGCUUGUCUGGCCACUUCCCACACGACCCAACACUUAAGCCCCGAUUGAAAAAGGCAAUACAGGCUAAAUUAGAUCUGAUAAUUUUGGCUCUAACUAAUCAGUGUAUCCAUGGCAAUGCCCCUAUUUAUCCUCAAAGUUCAGUUCAGGAGUAUCAAACAGCCAGAGAAUAUGCGAUAUUCACAUAAAUCCCUGCCGACUCUCUUGGCUAUAAAAACCAAGUCAUAUGGUUCCCGCUCCUUCCAAUUACAUGUAACUGUUACAUCACGUAGCAGCUAUGGAACACAGUCUUCCAGAGGUUGUUAAAAACAGGCUGAAGCACCAGGGCACUUAAAAACCUGCAUGCAAAAAGGAUACAUCUACAGGUGUAUUUAGUUUGUGCAACUGUUGAUUUUCCCUUUAGGAAACGAAACUCGCUACUGGCUUUGUUAUUAUUAUUUCAUCUAUAUUUUCAAAGAAUGAAGAGACAGAUUGAUGUUCUGUUCAGGUGGGAUAGUUUAUUUUAGAAAAGAUAGCACCUCAGCUAGUCAGACAUGGAAUAUUGUGAUUUAUGCAUACGUUGUUGUAAUACUAAUCAUGUUUAAAAAUUGCAAUUGGUUAAAAAAAGUACAAUGUAAAGGCAUGGACAUCUUUGGUCAGUGUUGGUCACUGUCAAAGACCAGUGUUCUCACUUGUUGUAUCCUUAAAUAACAAACCUGUGAAAAUUUGGGCUCAAUUGGUCAUCGAAUUGGAAAGAAAAAUCUGUUGAUGACUUGUCAUAAGAUUAUGUACAUUUU